AUGGCACCAGAACCUUUAAUUCCCGUCGGCGAAACGCCCUUUACGGAUGAGAAGUUCAGGACGGAGACGUUUGUGUACAAACAUGUCGAAGACAUCCCUAUCCACGUAGACGCGUACAUCCCGAAGCAGCGUCGUGAGGAUCGGAAACAUCCUCUCUUCGUGUUGAUCCAUGGAGGCGCUUUGGUCGACGGAGCCCGCAACGUCCCCUCCAUGACCUACGGCCCCUGGGCGGCAGCUUACACCCUCGAACACAACGCCAUAGCCAUCUCCCCCGACUACCGCCUCUGCCCCGAGACCAAAUCCCCCCAAAUCGUAGAAGACCUGCUUUCAUUCUGGGAAUGGCUCCACUCGAGUCUUCCCUCCCUCCUCGCUGCCCAAAAGAUCCAACUCGACCUCGACCGCAUCAUCGUCAGGGGCGAGUCCGCCGGCGGCUGGUGUGCGCUGCAUCUAGGCCUGCGCUUCCCCACGCAAAUCCGCGCUUUGAUCCUCGCGUGGCCGCUGACAGAUCCAGGAAACGAGCACUUCGUCAAGGGGAAUGGCGGCAAGCCCAUCCUGCCAGGUGUCCUCGACAUCGUCGUUCCCGAGGAGACUUUCCGGGCAGCCUAUCUGGAGGCCACAGAGAGCGGAGCAGCAGGACAGAUCGUGACAGGCUCGCAAUUGGAACGCACACCGCUCAUGUUGGGCCUCAUGAACUACGGGAAUGCGGUCGAAUUCAUGGGCGAUUACGAGGAGACGUUUCCCCUGCGGACGAUUCGAAAGGGUUUGGCCGGCCUGCCGUCGUUGGUGUGGGUCUCUCAGGGCGAGGAUGAUUCUGUCGUUCCGGUGAAGCAUUCGAGUUAUUUCGUCGAUAUCGUGAGGUCUGCGUAUCCGGAUACCAGGGUUGUGCUUGACGUGCGUCCCGGGGAGCAUGGGUUCGAUGAUGCGGUCGAGUAUAGCGAUCCUUGGUUGCAGGAGAGGUUGCAGAUGGUUGCGAAGGUUUGGGUUGGAUGA